CGGAAGAAGCAUGUUGGUCACUUGACCAGUAGUGGAUUGUUACUGUUUAUGAUAAGUUUUCGUUUUAUGUGUUUGUCGUUUUCCUCUCUAUUUUUUUUCCUUUGAUACACUUACUCUGGGGAAUUACUGCAACUCAACAACUGAUUCAUAUACAGUGAUAUGCUAGAAAGUAUUUGAUAAUUAAUAACGUUCGGCUUUAAUGAGAAAACUGUUCCUGGAUUCAAACGCUUAAACAUCUAUUUCGCAAGAAGAAUCGUAUUUUUGACAUUAUAAUCAUUUUCCGGAUAAACGUUCCCGGCACAUUUGACAGUGGGUUAUGUUUGUUUGCGCUGACAUUUGCAUGUGUUUUCCAAACUGUAAACAUAAAUGGUUUACAAAUCAUUGAAGUAUUAGAAACAGAUUAACGUGGAUAAGGAAUGGAAUAUGGCUACAUCUGAGAUGAUGCUGAGUCUUGGACUAAUUGAGAAAGAUGUAAAUGCAGACACGCUAUGGGUUUGGUGUUAUCCUUCCAUCAGUGCUGAUCUGCGAGAGGUUCUGUUGAGAAAAUGUUGCCUGCCAUUGAACAAUCAGGUGCUGCACACAUUUGUGUUUGGACAGUACUGCCGAACCUGGUACUACAUCACCACUGUCGAGGUUCAGGAGCCAACUGCGCUUAAAAAGGUGACACAUUUCUCAGUAGUUAUCACAGCUAAGGACUUCAAUCCUGAAAAAUAUGCUGCAUUCAGUAGAGUUCUGUGCAGGACGUAUAUCAAACAUGGAAGUCCUGUGAAGAUGAUGGAAUGCUACAUUGCUGUUCUGACCAAAGGGAUAUGCCAGAGUGAUGAGAACGGCUCCUUCCUUAUCAAAGAUUAUGAUGUCAGGAAGGCCUACCUGGCUGGUUCCUUAAAAGAUGUUGUUUCACAAUUUGGUAUGGAGACCAUCAUCCUAUACACAGCACUAAUGUUGAAAAAAAGAGUAGUGGUUUAUCACCCACGGAUUGAGGCGCUGCUGGAGUUCACAAGAGCUCUUCCUGGACUGGUAUGGCAUAGGAAAGACUGGUCCAUCCUCCACCCUUUUGUUCACCUGGACGAUAAUGAGCUGGAAAACCUCAAGCUGUAUACAGGAUAUGUUGCAGGGUUUGUCGAUCCUGAAGUCAGAGACAGAUCUGAUCUGUUUGAUGUGUACGUUAAUCUUCCAGACAGUGAAAUCACUGUGUCACAAAAUGCCAAAGAGGCAAUGGCUAUGGGAAAACUCCAUAAAGAGAUCGGUAACUUCAUUGUCCAGGCUGCAGAGGACACUGAUCACACAGAUGCGCAGGUUAUUAAGGAUAUUUCAGUAAAAACUAAGGAGAUCCUCAGUAACCUGAUGUCUCUUGCUGAUGAAGCAGAGAACUCUAAAUUGACUUUGGAGACUCUGAAGCAGCGGCACUACCCUCCAGCGACUGAAAACUUCCUCUUCCACUUAGCAGCAGCUGAGCAGCUCCUGAAGAUCUGACCAAUCAAUGCAUCCCGUCCAACUGGUAUGCCUCACAGGAACUGAACAGAGAGGAACGUACCACCCUUUGUGAAUCACACAAUGAAUUGUAACAUUUGGAAGAAUCUGUGUAUAAUUCUGGAGGCUAAAGUUAUAUAAGAGCAAAAAUAUAUAUUUGUUAUAAAGAUAUAAAAUAUAGCUAUAACAUAAUAGCUAAACCUCAUGGGUGUAAUUAUGUUGAAUGUAACAUUUCUAGGCGAUAACAAGUCUGAGAUAA